UAGCGAACUACAAAGGUCGCAGACGAAUGCUGGCUUAAAUGGUAGGCUCAUCCCAAACUGCGGCGCGCAAUGUCAUAGUCUUCCUUCUUGCUCGUGUGAUCAAACAGUGAGAACAAGUUUGAAGCGCCUGCCAUUGCUACAACAUCGCCAUGCGGACUCACAAGCUGUCAAGUCUGCUGCUUGCAGCAACGACCUUUCCUCUGAUCAGCACAGCAACACCAUUGAGGGAAAGGAAUGGGGCGUCGAAGCGUGAUGGUGUCAUCGCGCCCAAGUUUGUGAUCAUCAGCAUGUUCGAGCCCGAAGCGGCUGUAUGGUGGGGCAUAGAUGAAUUCGACCUGCUCGCUCAGAACAUCACUUUGCCCGGCCUGUCACCCUUGUUCCCCGAGGUACACUGCACCGCCGACGGCGAUGUGUGCCAGGUCAUCACGGGGGAAAGCGAGAUCAACGCCGCCUCGACGAUGUCUGCUUUGGUCUUGAGCUCCAAGUUUGACCUCACCAAAUCCUACUUCAUGGUGGCCGGUAUUGCUGGCGUCAACCCCAAAGUCGCCACACUGGCUUCCGUCACCUUCGCCCGGUAUGCCGUGCAGGUGGCGCUGCAGUACGAAUUUGACUAUCGCGACCUUCCCGACAACUUCACCACGGGCUACAUCCCAUUCAACGUGGACGACCCAGCCGAGUACCCCGCCGAGAUCUACGGGACCGAAGUCUUCGAGACGAACCUGGCCCUUCGAGAUGUCGCGAUCGGCUUGGCUUCCUCGGCCGUGCUGAACGACACCGCGGCCGCUCAAGCUUAUCGCGCCAAAUACGCCCUGGAAGCCGCAUACACCGCCGGUUCCCAGGCACCCAGCGUCCUGGGCUGCGACGUGGCCACCUCGGAUGUGUACUACUCCGGCACCCACCUGUCCGAGGCCUUUGAGAACACGACGCACAUCUGGACCAACGGGAGUGGCGUGUACUGCACCACAGCGCAAGAAGACAACGCCACUCUCGAAGCCAUCAUGCGCGCGGCCAAGAUGAACCUGACAGACUAUUCCCGAGUCAUGGUCAUGCGCACCGCUUCCGACUUCGAUCGCCCUCCUCCGGGCGUCAGCGAGAUCCAGAACCUCCUGUACGUCAAUCAAGGAGGUUUCCCGCCGGCCAUAACAAACAUCUACCGCGCCGGGAUCAAGGUCGUCAUGGGCGUCCUCGAUGGCUGGGACAGCACGUUCGAAAAGGGCCUCAAGCCCACGAACUACGCUGGCGAUAUCUUCGCGACAUUAGGCGGCACACCGGAUUUCGGUCAGCCCAGCUUCUUCAUCACGCAGGAGAAGAAGAGAGAUCUUGCUGCUGCCGCGAGCGAGCACGGGAACCUGAGGAUGCGCAGAGCAUUGCACAGCGCCAGGAGACGCGCUGCUGCCGCCAAAGCGCUGGGUAUCGAGGGAUAGGCCAGUGAAAGCAACACUACUCUCAACUCACAAUUGAAAGAUGGCACAUCCAGUCUCGCAGCACAUGUCAGGGUGAUACAGUUAUAUGUACAUAGGGACUACACAGCCAAUAAGAAAGGUUAACAAAGUCUACGGGGGUGAAAAGAAUUGCAUAAAACAUGCCUUGGUACGGACAAACACGAGUCGAAUGUUGAACUGGUGUAUCUCAGAUCGUAUCUUGCACAAAC